GCCGCGGGCUGGCUGACGUCACGGCGGGGCCUGGGCGGUGAAAAGGAAAGCAUGCGGCUGCCCGGCCUUUUACGCGCUGGGCGGCUGUGUCGGGCCAUGAGCCGGUGCGUUUUGGAGUCUCGGUCCCCGGGCAAGCGGUGGCUGGUGGUCGGCCUGGGGAACCCCGGACUGCCCGGCACGCGACACAGCGUGGGCAUGGAGGUGCUGGGACAGCUGGCGCGGCGGCUGGGCGUGGCGGAGAGCUGGGCGCGCGACCCGCGCUGCGCCGCGGACCUCGCCCUGGCCCGGCUCGGGGAUGCUCAAGUGGUCCUGCUUCGGCCGCGCCGGCUCAUGAACAACAACGGGCUCAGCGUGGCCCGGGCCGCGGAGCUGUAUGGGCUGACUGCCGAGGAGGUCUACCUGGUGCAUGACGAGUUGGACAAGCCCCUGGGGAAACUGGCUCUGAAGCUGGGGGGCAGCGCCAGGGGCCACAAUGGAGUCCGUUCCUGCAUUAGCUGCCUCAACUCCAAUGCCAUGCUGCGACUGCUGGUGGGCAUCGGGCGCCCGAUGCACCCUGGUGCAGUGCAGGCUCACGUGCUGGGCCGCUUCUCCCCUGCUGAGCAGGAGCUGCUGCCCCCGUUGCUGGAGCGUGCCACUGACCUGCUCCUGGACCACAUCCAUGCACGAAGCCAGAGGCCCUUAAUGGUCCCCUGAUGCCAGCGGACACUGCUGUGUCCAGCCACAUCCACAGAGCUGCCACGCCAACGUGUGGAAUCCACUCUUUAUACAACUCUUUUUCUCUGGGCUGCCCGGGCUGCCUACGGAAUAAAGGGGGGACUAUGGCCAGAAUGGUCCAUGUCUGGGGUUGGGGGAUUGCUCUUGUCUCUGUCCUACUUGGGAUGCAGGAAAACUUCAGGAAGACUGAGCUUUUUGAGCCUUUUUGGAGAACUGGAGGCAUGCAUCUGUAAGAUUAAAGAGGCAGGCUUGGAA